ACUUUUGGUAGCAUACUCAUUCCAACUCCCGAGACGUAGAGAUCACCCGCUCUCGCACACUCUCUACAUCAUGGCAGUCACUGGCAGCAAGAAGUCUUCGGCUUUCAGCAUUCAUAGCCUGAAGAAGGCCAUUAAGAAGUUCGUAAAGAAGACUCUCCCAACCAAGGGCGGGAAGAAGGUCAAGGAGGACAAGACUGUCCAGCGUGUUGACUUCGAGGCCGAGAUUGAAGACAACCUUGCCAACGAGGCCUUGGAGGCCCGCCUUAUACAGAUCAUCGAAGCCUCUCCUGCUACCCUGGAUCUCAACAUAAGCCUGAAGGGGUCGCUGAUGGUGAAGACCUCGCCCGACUUCGAUGUGCAGUUCGGCACCUUCUGGACUUCUGACGACGACGACGCGAGCUGGGCCCUCUGCAAGGACCUUCUCCAGACAUCGAAAGCCCUCGGUUCGACACCAGCCAAGGCGUAGGUACCCUGCCAUCCACCUGUCUCCUACUUCGCUGUGAUGCAAGCGCCCUGUGAUAGGGGUUCAGUGCCGUGAUAAUCCAGUGCCAACCAGGUCCUCGCCCUCUGCUUCGUCGGGUCAUUCUGCUGGCGGAAUCUGCGAAGUUCGGUGUUCUGAAGAUAUUGUUGAUGCUCCUAAGAUACCUUGAAGCCACUACAGUCGCUGUGAUACGUUGGAUGUCAUCUAUAAGAAGUCGUCCGUGCCCUUGGUCGAGGUCGUCCUCCAUGCCCUAGGUCGAGGUCGUCCUCCCAUGAGUGGUGACGCAGUCUGCUGUGAUACAGGGGACGAGCUUCCCCCCAUUACUGUGAUAGUAUUCUCUAAGGAUAAUUUAUUGAAUAAAACCAUUUAAUAUUUUUAA